ACGAUUACCGGAUAUAGAGUGGCGAAAAUCGUGGAUUCGUCUAAUCCCGAUUUGAAGAAAGGCGACUUGAUUUGGGGCAAUGCAGAUCUGCCUCUCUCUUACUACACCGGAAUUCUCGGUAUGCCUGGGCAUACAGCUUAUAUUGGUUUUUAUGAGAUUUGUUCUCCGAAAAAGGGAGAAAAUGUGUUUGUUUCUGUUGCAUCGGGAGCCGUUGGCCAACUCGUUGGCCAAUUCGCCAAGUUGUUCGGGUGUUAUGUUGUCGGCAGUGCGGGAAGCAAAGAUAAG